AUGGAUACACCAUCAACUUCCACUCCUCAACCGCCAAUCCAAAGUGCCAUUCCCUCUCAACCUCAACCAAAUCCAAAGGGGGGCAUCAAAUCCAUCACCCUUAGAUCCGGUACGCAACUAAAAGAGAAGGAAGCAAAGGACUCAAGUCCUAUCACAACCGCCCAAGAAGAGGAGAAAAUAGAUAUAGAAGAGGUAGUAGAAGAGGAGACACCACGAGCCAUAGUUGAGGAUGAAGCCCAACCAACAAGGGAGACAACCAAGGCCAAAAGAACCUUGGAAGAAGAAGUUGCUCAACCACUCCCAUUUCAAACACUUGCGAAGAAAGCUAAAAGGCGCAUAGAACUUGGCCCCAAAAUGGUAGAAAUGUUCAAGAAAGUUGAGGUAACCAUCCCCCUCUUUGAUGCUAUCCAUCAAGUUCCUAGAUAUGCCAAAUUCCUCAAAGACUUAUGCAUAAAUAAGGAUAGAAUUCUUGAAUUGGAAACCAUCCCAUUGGGGAGCUCUAUUUCCGCUUUAAUGGGAACAUUGCCCGAGAAGUGUGAUGAUCCAGGCCCUUGUAUGGUCACUUGCACAGUCAAUGGAGUUCAAUUUAGAGAUUGUAUGUGUGACCUCGGAGCAUGUGUUAGCAUCAUGCCGCUCUCCGUCUACCGGGUAUUGAAGUUGCCACCACUAAAAAGGUCGACGGCAAAAUUUGUCCUAGCGGAUAAAAGCAUAAUAACCGUAGCGGGUGUUGCGGAAGAUGUAUUGGUGAAUAUAAAAGGGUUGGUGUUUCCAAUUGAUUUUUAUGUUCUUGAGAUGCCAUCAAGCGAGUCCGAGAGGGCAUCAUCUAUUCUACUUGGGAGACCAUUUUUGAGGACCUCUAGAUUCAAGUUAGAUGCCUACUCGGGAACCUACUCGUUUGAAAUAGAAGGGAGAGUUGUGAGUUGA